GCAUGGCCCAGCAGAGGGAGCUCACAGUGUGCUUUAGUAAGUCUUGUCCAAGAGGUGGUCACCGUGUUUGAGUUUGUUUGUUUAGUUGCAAAUUUCUCAGUGAUGAAAUUGCAGGAAUCAUUGUUUUCUAAAAACGAAACAAAACCCCUUUGAUGAAUACUUAGAAUUUGGAGCACUUUUAUGCAUGGAACUGAAACAAAUGGAAGGCAGCCCCAUUGACAUCAACAAGAGAUAAGCGAGAACAGCAAUUGCUACAUGAAAUGAUUACAAUGAGAUCCUGGUUGCUGUUGCUACUUCUGCUUGUGGGCUUGUGUUCACCUGCACCUAGACUUUCGGAUAAGGACAUCUGUCUGAUAGACAACACUAAAUUACAACAGAGGCUAAAACUGCUCCAAGACUUGCUUCAGUUGUGUGAAUUACAGCUGAAGGACAUCUUGGGGAACAACUAUCAUGGAACAAAGAGCAAGAUGUUCUCAGCCAGGAGGAGCAUACAGCCUGAAAUCCUUUUACCCACAACUAGUGGAAACUUGAUAGUCUACGAUCAAGAUUGCUCUGCAGUGUUUAACAGCAGAAAAAUCGAAAAUGGAUACUACCGGAUCAGGCCCAGAGCAGACCGAGAACCUUUUCUGGUGUACUGUGACAUGUCUGAUGGAGGGGGAUGGACUGUAAUACAGCGACGCAGUAAUGGCAAAGAGAAUUUCAACAGGAAAUGGGCUGAUUACAAACAAGGAUUUGGACAGUUCCAGGGCAAGAAUGACGAAUACUGGCUGGGCAAUGAGCACAUUUAUGAUCUGCUGGCUAGAGAGGAAAACUCACUAAAAAUUGACCUGAUGGACUGGCAUGGAGAAAGACGAUAUGCAAUCUAUGAAAACUUUCAGAUCAAGAAUGAGCAGGACAAUUACAGGUUAUGGGUUGGCACCUAUUCUGGUAACGCUGGUGAUGCUCUGUUUGGUGGGAGUAACUUUGAAGACCAGUGGUCAGCAUCACACAGUGGGAUGCCGUUCUCCACAUCAGACAAGGAUCAUGACAGAUUCCUAGCAGGCAACUGUGCACAAGAGAACCAGUGUGGCUGGUGGUUUAACAGAUGCCACGCAGCAAAUCUCAAUGGACAAUACUAUAAAACAGGAAACUACACCGGACGCCAUGACAAUGGAGUGGUUUGGUCAACCUGGCAUGGGUUCUGGUACUCCCUGAAAUACACAGCCAUGAAAAUCAGGCUUCCAUCUUUUGUCGACGUAGGGAGUGGAAAUGGUGAAAGCAGCUAGGACAGCUAGAAUCCGCAUCAUUGGAGACAGAGAGAGUAUAGGAUAGAAAGGAUUUUAGAAAUCAAGGGCCAAACCCUCAGCUGGUGUAAAUCAGCACAGCUGCACUGUAGUAAUUGGCAUUUGAUCAGUUUAUAUUAGUUGAGGAUCCACCCCCAGGGUAGUAGAAUAUGCCUAUCAUAUGGUCUAAUGGAGGAUGUAAGGGUCUCUCAUUCUUGUUAAAACCAUUGGAAACACCACAAAAGUUUGUUUUCCAAUGAUCUUUAGUGGAGAUGAGAGUAUUCAGCAGUUCACAGGAAACCAGGGCUGCCUGGGGGUGGCAAGUGGGGCAAUUUGCCCCGCCCUGGGACCCGCAGGGGCCCCCAUGAGAAUAUAGUAUUCUAUAGUAUUGCAACAUUUUUUUAUGGAAGGGGCCCCUGAAAUUGCUUUGCCCGGGGCCCCCUGAAUCCUCUGGGUGGCCCUGCAGGAAACUCUCUGCACCUUGCAGAAUCAGGCCCUUACUCCUCUUAGCCAUUUGUAUCUUAUAAUGGCCAAAUUCUUCUCACCCUGAUUUCAAUGGUCAGUGAAUGUGGUAAGCAAUAUAAGAACACAGAAAUAGAACAAACAGAGGGAUAAGGAUUUGACCCUUAAAGCUGUCAGCUAGAUCUAGGCCCCAGAUUUAGAUUUUAUUUUGAAGUGGACUUUGCAUAGGGUGACCAGACAGCAAGUGUGAAAAAUUGGGACAGGAGGUGGGGGUUAAUAGGAGCCUAUACAAGAAAAAGACCCAAAAAUCGGGACUGUCCCUAUAAAAUCAGGACAUCUGGUCACCUAACUUUGCAAAGCCUAAUAUGAAUGCAAAUAUUCUGGGGAAUUUUUUAUUUCAGUUACAAUUUGUUUAUUUAUAUGUUCUUAUCAUUGUUCUGUACCAGACGACUUUGUGCUAGUGAAUGAGAACUAGAAAGUUCUCUUCUAGUUCACUGUUCACUUCCACUUCAUUAUAUUAGCCAAGUGAAAUGAGAAAAGUGUACAGCACAAAUGAAUGAGAAUAGAAUAACAACAAGAAAUGUAAUGCCAACAAUUAAUUCUCUUCCGAUAAUUUGUUGUUAGUAACAAAAGAUUUGGGCUUGACAUAGAUCCUUUAACAUCCAUGCUGUAAAAUGAGCCUACACUUUGUGUAUUAUAAAUAUGCUCUUUUAAAUUAGUCGUUCUUUUCAAUUUAUUUUCCUUUUCCUUUAGAUAAAUACACAUUGUAAUUUGUAUUAUAUAUUCAUACACGUGUGAAUUAAAAAUCAUGGAAAUUUA